AUGCCCUUUCCCUUCGUUCUAUCUACAACAUCGCAACUAUCGUUCCAACAAAACUUCACCUCUUCAACCCAUCCAUCGUUGCCUUCGACAGCCAGUUCGCAGCGCAAUCUGCUCAGGUCCACACUCAAAGCGCACAAGAGAUUAGCCAGUGGCGAUCAAGCAGCCAAUCUCAGCGAUGUGCUGUUAGCACUAGACUCGUACUUGAAAUACAUAUGCACCCUCAAUCUCUCACUCAGCGGCACCAUCGUCAACGACGAAGACGUCGAUCUAGCCUUGACGAGAGAGGUAGAGGUCGAAUGGCGCCCAACGUUGUCCUCAACACCAAUACCAGGUCGAGAAGCAGAUCGUGUACGAGGCCAGGGGCUCGACUAUGAGUUCUUCUUCGUCCACCAGACGUACGCGGUAGUACAGAACCUUUUCGCGCGACAAGCACUUCUUGGUAUAUAUGCGUCGUCCUCACCUACAACCGAGCAGAGACUUGGCCUGAUACAGACAGCUAUACGACACGUCAAAACCGCGGCUAGCAUACAUGCUUUUCUUGUGCAUCAUGCGAAUACGGGUGACGGACCACCGGAACUUCCUGCUGCGGCAGCUGAUGUCUCAAUAUCCGUUCAAUCUGCGCUACAUCGGCUUGCGCAAGCAGAGCUGAAUCUUCUUGGCGCUUUCAAGGACGACCCUUACCCUGCCGUUCUUGCACAAUCUCGGAACGAACAGGAUCGGGAAUGGAUGAUCAAAGCGCCCGAUAUACCAAAAACACGUGCACAAGUACUGUCGCGGCUCUGUCUAGGUGCCUCAGAGCACGCGACAGCUGCUGGUGCCAUCCUAAAGGCCGAAAGACGUGUAUCGAAAGACUUGAUCGAGUAUACCGACAACCUCAGGAGAACAGCUCGAGCUCGCGCAUGCCGCUUCCAAGCCAUUAGUGCCGACACUGGCGGCGAAAUUGGAAAAGGCAUCGCCUGGAUAUACGCGGGCCUCAGCGAACUAGGUCUCGAAAUCAGUGUCAAAGAAGGUAGCAGCAAGACAGGCAGCUUGAGCAAAUUGAAAGCAUCGUGGAACGAGAGAAAAGAAGACAGAAGAAUAGGAAAAGGAAGUGCGCGAUGGGGCUCAGAUGCAGGGAAGGCGGAAGAAGCGCGUAUACUGGAGUAUUUGGAAAAGAAGCUUGUCAGAUCGAAUGACAAUGUGCAUUUUCAGACGGUACCUGAAUACAAGCCGUUACUUGCUAUGCUACCUAGUGGCAUGAAUAUGCCUGUUGGUGACGAGCAGUGGAAGCCUCCGGUGCUCAGCGAGGAUGAGUUGGUGCAAAUGAGAGCCCCACCUGAUUACGAUGCGAUGGAACAGGACAGCUCGGAUGAAGAUAGGAACGACGCUCAAUUCAAGGCUGAGAAGCCUGCUGGAGCUUUUCCAGGGACUGAUGCGGAGUACAAGAUCUCGUACUACUGA